AUGCGGUUGCACGUCAUGGCGGGGCAGGGCUUUGGAAAAGUCCAAGAAAAACGAGAGACUCCUGUCAAGGAGGGAAAGAAGGGCAAGAAGGCACAGCGUAAGCCAAAGGAGGCCACGCAGCAGAAACCAGCGCCAAAGGAGCAGCGCAGCAUCGAGGAGCGGUUUCUGACCAAGUCAGAAGCCAAGGCCAAGGGCGAGGAUGAGCCGGCAGUCGCCUUCCAGAAACGCUUGGAAGCUCUGAAGCGCGACUCCCGCGCCAAAAUGAAGGAGAGGGGUCCGUCUGCAGCUGAGGGUGGAGGCCCCCUGAGCAUUCUGGAUGCGUCGCCGGAUUUUUCUGCACCCCCCGCGUCCUCUUCAAGCGCUGGCGGCAGGGCGCAAUUGCCGCGACGGCCGUCAGCCGACAGCCGACGCGCCGAAGCGAGCGCUGAAGAGGAGGCCGGCUUUGGCCCUGGACAGUUUGUUCUGGGGGCGGGCGCGCUCAUCCUGGCAGCGGUCUUUGCAGUCACCAGCUUCAGUGAUCUGGGCGGCGGCCCUCAACAGUCCCAAUCCAGCCAGCAGGAGCGCAAGUUGGGAGAUCAGGAGAGGAAGGACUUGGAGAGGGAGGUUGCUGAGCUGGAGGCGCAGCUGAGCGGGGGGACCGCUGACUCAUCCACCCUUCGGCGCGCGGCCGGGGCGUAUGCUGCGCUGGGGGACAGCGCCAAAUCAGGCGCUGCCCUGGAAAAGCUGACUGGACAGGACCCCAGUGACCUGGCCGCCUGGCAGGCUUUGGGGGAGGUACGCAGCGGGGCAGGGGAUUUCAAGGGGGCGGUGGCAGCAUACAAGCGCGCAGCAGCGGAGGCUCCCGAGCCAGAUUUGACGCUGAUGCAAGGGCUAGCUGAGGCAUUAGUCGCGGAUGGGCGCCAGCAGGAAGCUGCCGCCUACCUGCUGGAGCAGCGGAAGCUGGCGGAAUCCGGCAAGGGGCUGGACGCUGUGAACCUCGACCUCCUGCUUGGGCGGGUGUACACAGAGUGGGACAGGCACGAUGCAGAGGCGAUGGAGGUGUAUGACCGGAUCAUUGAUAAGAACCCGUCGGACUUCAGAGGGUAUCUGGCAAAGGGAGUGCUUCUCCGCAGGGAGGGCCGCAAGGGAGAUAUGCAGCGCGCAUUCCUGCAGGCCAGAUAUAACGCAUCCCCUGAAGCCAUGCCGGUUCUGGACAGAGUCAUUGGGAACACGAAUGGCCGUUUAUGA